AAAAAGUAAGGGCGAUGCAAAAAACCCAAUUAGCGGCAUGACGGCUGCCGCUGGUCUGCUCUCGCUGGGUAUCUGCGCUUGCAAGUAGAAAGGAAACCGACGACGAUACGGCAAGUCGCUGAUAUACGAACGCCUGUAUUGGACGCUUGUGCGGAACCUUGUUUAUUCAAGUAGCUAUAAAACUCUUCGUCGACCAUGGAGAAACCUCUACCUGCACCUCCUCUUAUCACUACGACUGCUGCUGUACAAGUAGAGCGACCUGUGAUCAAGCAACGUGUGACAUCCUUGCCCAGCGGUGGCCUGGUGGCCAUAUCUCAGCCGGAAAAUGACAACCCUCUCCCUCCGCCUUCUCCAGGGUUAAGUCACAGCUCCCUUCAGUCCCUGAGUGACGACGAUGCCGUGUCGAGUGAAGAGGACGAUAUUGCACAUAUGCCGAUUGGGAGUCAGGGGGAACUACAAGAUGGAUCUUCUCAAGAAGAGCUAAAUGGUGUAGAGGACAAAGAGAUAUUGAACGAGGAACCUACGAGCGACGCCCAUGAAUUAAUGCCUGCAGGAGAAGUAACUGAAGAUCCAAGAAGCGACACUGGUGAUUCAGAAACUGCAAGAGACGUCCUCCCAGGCGUCCCCCCACCCGACCAUGUUCCAUCACAUGCCGCAGAUCCCACAGCUCCACGUCCACCUGUCCGGAUGUAUAGACCAUUGCCAAUUCCACCUGACGCCCGACCCAUGAAUCCGCAUAUGCAUGCGCCGGGUGCUCAUCCUAUGACAACUUUCCCUCCACAUCAACAAGCAAUGAAUGCUCCGUCACCCGUGGCCCACCCAUUUUCCCCAGGUCAACAUCCUGGCUUCUAUCCUUCCGGUCGGCCCUUACCACCACCACCUUUGGGCUGGCAUGGCAGUCAUCCUCAUGCAUACUCUCCACGACCAUAUCCACAUCAACCACAUUUUGGCCGUCCCAGUGGAUUUCCGGCUCCGCCUGGUCCUCACAUGCACUUUCACCAUCCCCAUGAUUCUGCUCGCCCUAUCCACCAUGGCCAACAUACUGGUCGUCCAUUCCACCAUCAUCAUGAUACAAGUCGCCCUUUGCAGCAUCCCCAAGAUGCCGCAUUUCGUCAUCCUCAGGUUCCGCCUCAAGCACCGUCACUGCGAGCGCCGAGCCCACCAUCCGACUCAGUUCCGCGAUCCUCUUUUGAGGACAAUGAAGACACGAGCACCUUAUCAAGUUCUCUCUCAGGUCUUGACGUGAGCUCAAACGUUUCGGGGACAGAUUCUGAAAAUGCCCCCAGACCAACGUUUCGAAAAUUGACCUUGAAACGACAAAAGGAAGCAAACAGGGCAUCUGUGAUGAAAGUAUCGUUUGACCAGACGAUUGCAAUGUAUAGAGAAAAUGCAUUGAAGAGCGGGGAUAGCAGACUCAAGUACGAGUUUGCAAAAUUUUGUAUUGAGGAGAGUGCAAAGUUAACUGAUUCAAAAUCAAAAGAGAUGAUCAUGGAUGAAGCCUUCGCAUUACUAAAGGAGCUUUCCAAAUCAGGCAAUCCGGAUGCAAUGUACACACUGGGACAAGCCUACCUUGACGACCAAAAGUACGCUCUCGCGCAUGCGCAACUAGUGCAAGCAGCAAAACGCUCGCACGCCGGAGCCUGCUACCUUGUCGCCAAAUGCUCAGAAAAAGGCCUCGGCACCAAAAAAUCCAAUCGUGUGUCACUGGACUUUUACAACAAGGCUGCCCAAGCAGGGUUCAAACCCGCCUUGUAUCGUCUAGGCAUGAUUGAAUUGCGAGGGGAACUAGGGAUAAAACGGGACGUGAGGAAGGCGGUCAUGUGGCUGAAAAGAGGAGCUGCCGUCGCUGACAAAGAACAUCCACAACCGCUUUUCCAACUCGCCCUCAUAUUUGAAGCCGGCGUACCACCUCAUAUUCAACAAGAUGAAGGCUAUGCCCGAGGAUUACUCAUUGAAGCCGCAGGAUUGGACUAUGCCCCAGCUCAAUACAAACUCGGCUGCUGUUACGAGUUUGCUAGAGUCGGAUGUCCCCGUGAUCUGCGAGAGGCUAUCUAUUGGUACCGAAAGGCUGCAGAAAACGGGGACACGGAUGCAGCGUUUGCUUUGGCGGGCUGGUACCUUCAAGGCUGUGAGGGCGUUCUAGAGCAAAACGAUCACGAAGCUUACUCUUGGACUUAUAAAGCUGCCUUGAAGGAUCACGCAAAAGCACAGUACGCCAUUGGGUACUUUUGUGAGACAGGCAUUGGCUGCACGCAAAACAUGGAAAAGGCUGUACGGUGGUAUCGUCUGUCCGCGAGACUGGGCGAUGAACGGGCGUUGGCGAAAGUUGGACAUGAGGCUCCUAGUGCAACGUCAUCUGUGUCUUCGGCAACGAAGGAAGGAAAGGGACUUUUUGGGUUUCUGGGCAAGAAGUAAUAUUAUUUCAUCAUAGACAAA